UGUUGUAAUACUAUUAUUAGCAGUUUUAAAUGAGUAUGUAACAUUAUCGCAUGCGUUACAAUGGCAAUAAAUUCAGGGAGCUGCGAUAGCCUGAACAAAAAAAUGGAACCCUUACUGAAAUAUUGUCGAAUGGGUAAUGACGUUCAAAAUAUACUCCUGAAGGAUGCUGUAAGUUGUAUUUGUGUCCACACGAAGUUUAUUUGCCUCGGAACUCAGUGGGGAGUGAUUCACCUACUGGAUCACGAAGGCAACACCGUGCCUAUAUCUCAAGACAAUAAUCAGAAAGAUUUACAAGCGCAUGCUAUAGCUGUUAAUAAAAUAUCAGUGGACGUGAAUGGAGACUACAUCGCAAGCUGCUCUGACGACGGCAAAGUGUUGGUGUACGGUCUCUACACUAAUGACAAUACUCACAACAUAACUCUGGGGAGAGUCGUGAAGUCUAUUGCUUUGGAUCCUUACUAUUAUAAAUCUGGAUCUGGCAGAAGGUUUCUUACAGGUGACAACAAGUUGACACUGUAUGAGAAGACCUUCCUGAACCGCCUCCGCAGCACAGUCCUGUGUGAGUGUGAGGGCUACGUGCAAGCCAUAGCCUGGCACGACCGCUUCGUGGCCUGGGCCAGUGAGGUGGGCGUUCGCGUUUACGACCUCGUAGCAAGAUGCUCCUUGGGCCUUAUCCAGUGGGAAAAAAAUCCCAACCGAUCAAUUGAAGACUUUCGUUGCAAUCUCCUCUGGUCGGCGCCCAAAACUCUCAUGAUUGGGUGGGUGGAUACUAUCCGAAUAUGCCUUAUACGCAAGCGGAGUCAAAUCGAACUACAAACGCGCGACGUUACAGAGUACCUCAUUGAUCCUGUGCACACGUUUCAGACUGAUUCGUUCAUCAGUGGCUUAGGGCCUCUCGACGAUCAACUAGUAAUACUCGGUGUUCCGAAAGAAAAAGACCCCGAGACCCGUAAGUCACAGAGGCCGGUGCUUUCAGUAGCGGAAUAUAAAGACUGUGAAUUUUGCGAAAUCGCAACCGAUAGUCUCACCAUUACCGGUUACGAGGAAUACAACUGUAACGAUUAUUAUUUGGAUAUGCUCAUUGAAGAGAACAGGUUUUUUAUAGUGUCGCCCAAAGAUAUAGUAAUAGCGAGGCCUUACGAUAUCGACGAUAGAGUUAACUGGCUAACUGAAAAUGGAAAGUUCGAGAAGGCGAUAUCCGUUCUCGAAGAAGUCGGGGGGAAAACGUCUAAGCACUCAGUGGUUACGGUCGGUGUGCAGUACUUAGACCACUUGAUUUCUGAACAUCUCUUCGAAGAGGCAGCGAUUCUCUGCGCAAGGAUAUGUAAAAAUGAUAAAGUCUUGUGGGAAAACCAAAUUCUUAAGUUCGCUGAAGUAAACCAAUUGCGUGCUAUUAGUCCCUACGUGCCUAGGAAUCCAGAACAGGCUCUCAGUUCGCAUAUAUACGUUCUUAUUUUCUACGAGUACCUUAAGGUGGAUCCACACGGAUUCCUAAAACUAGUCCAGGAAUGGAACCCAGCUUUAUACAAAACAAGUAUUAUCGUGAAGGAAGUUUUAGAACAUUUGCUGACCACUGAAGUCGACAGUAAUAUAUAUUUAGAAGCCCUAGCUUUACUGUAUUGUUACCAAAAGAAGUACGAUAAAGCCCUCACAACUUACUUGAAACUCCAACACAAAGAUGUAUUCACGUUGAUCACGAAACACAACAUGUACUCCGUUAUAUAUGAUAAAAUACUGGAUCUAAUGACUCUAGACUGUGAUAAAGCUAUCUCCAUACUAUUGCAAGAUAAAACUAAGGUGCCAUAUGAAGUCGUGGAGAAGCAACUCGAAAAUAACGACGAAUACUUGUUCAAAUAUCUCGACGCGUAUAGCAAAGUGGAGCCAAAUGGACGAUACCAUGGCAAGCUGGUUAUGUUAUACGCUAAAUAUGCUCGAAAUAAACUUUUACCUUUCCUGAAAGGCAGUGAUAACUAUCCCAUACAGGAAGCCUUAGAUGUGUGUCAAAGCAAUCAAUUUUACCCUGAAAUGGUUUUCUUGCUCGGUCGUAUCGGCAACACUAACGAGGCUCUCCAGAUAAUAAUAGAAAAACUCAAUGAUAUAAACCAAGCUAUUAACUUCUGCCAGGAGCACAACGAUAAGGAACUUUGGACAGACCUCAUAAUGCACACAGUUGGAAAACCAGAAUGGGUCACGUUGCUUCUCAAAAGAAUAGGUAAUUACGUCGAUCCAAGGAUGCUCAUAGAAAAUAUACAAUCUGGUUGCGAAAUAAAAGACUUGAAGGAAUCGCUGGCGAAAAUGAUGUGUGAUUAUCACUUACAGAUGUCCGUGCAAGAAGCUUGCAAAGUUAUAACCCUCAGAAAUUACUUCGAUUUGCACGAAAAAUUAAUAAUAAAUCAGAAGAAGGGAAUAUCAGUGACGGACGAGUUCUUAUGCAGUAUGUGUCAAGGACGCAUUAUAAUAAGGGACCUAUCCAACGCGUCGGACCUAAUUGUUUACAAUUGUCGACAUUCUUUCCACAUAGAGUGCCUGCCAGAUGGAGUCAAGUGUAAUCAUUGUAGUGUCUGUAGCGCCGUUAAGAUGUGACCCGCUCAUUGUAAUCAAUAGAUAGGACUGUGCAUAUUAAAUAAAUAGUAACCGUAUAAAUUGUGUACCUUAACCUAAUAAUGGUUGAUGUUAAUCAAAUAAUUUAGUUUAUUUAUAUAAAUAAUUUUAUCAUAUAAUUAUGGUGCUUUUAUAAUGAGGUGGCGUUAACAUUUUCCUCGUGUUGCUGAAUUACAGUAAAACUAAUUAAAAACUACACAGAUUUGUCACUUUUGAUAAAAAUAAUAUCAAAAAAAUAUGAUAAAA